GCUGCAAACCCAGAGGAAGAUAGCACAUUAACUGGUGUAAAUCCAAAACCUAAGGAAGAAGCUGAUACUAUUACAAGAAUGGAGGAAUUGUGUCCUUUGGUUUCUUCAGAUGAUGCACAGCAGGCUGUUCCAGGAGAGAGUGAGGUGGUACAUAGUUAUAAAUCUGUAACUCUAGAAACUAAAGAGUGUUCUCCUACUGCAGAAGCCGAGAAGACUAGUUCCAGUUCAGCUGAUCAGACUACAAGUGAUAUGCCUGUUAGUUCUUCAAGUUACAAAGCACUAUGUGGUGUUGAAAACUGUGUUCGUAAAGAGAUCAGCCUUGUUCCUGAUGACGAUAAACUGCCACCGCUUUUGCUUGCAGUGGGUGAAAAAGGAAAAGAUCCUCUAGUGGAAGAACAUCCAUCUCACCAGCAGGUCACCUUGCUUCUUGUGGAAGGAGGUCCUAAUCCAUUAACUUUCAUCCUAAAUGCAAACUUGCUUGUAAAUGUCAAGCUAAUAACUUAUUCUUCAGAAAAGUGCUGGUUCUUCUCAACAAAUGGACUACAUGGUUUGGGUCAGGCAGAAAUUGUCAUUCUGUUGCAGUGUUUGCCAAAUGAAGAGAUUUUUCCCAGUGAAAUAUUCAAAUUAUUUAUUGACAUCUAUAAGGAUGCAAUGAAAGGAAGGUUAAUAAGAAGCAUGGAAAACAUCACUUUUACUGAAAACUUGCUCGGUAACAAAGAGCAUGGAGGAUUCCUGUUUGUUUCACCAACUUUUCAGAAACUUGAUGAUCAAAUUCUACCAGAUAACCCUUUUCUCUGUGGCAUUCUCAUCCAUAAGCUGGAAAUACCCUGGGCGAAAGUUUUUCCAAUCCGUUUAAUACUGAGAUUGGGAGCAGAAUAUGGGGCCUACCCAACUCCUGUAGUAAGUUUCAGGCACAGGAAGCCACUCUUUGGAGAGAUAGGACACACAAUUAUGAAUCUGCUUGUUGACCUUAGAAAUUAUCAGUAUACUUUGCAUACCAUAGACAACCUGUUUAUUCAUGUCGAAAUGGGUAGAAGCUGUAUUAAAAUACCCCUAAGGAAGUAUAAUGAGGUAAUGAAGGUGGUAAAUUCCUCUAAUGAACAUGUAAUUAGUAUUGGAGCAAGUCUUAAUACUGAAGCAGAUUCUCACUUAGUGUGUGUGCAGAAUAACCAUGGCCUCUAUCACACACAAGCAAUCAGCGCUACUGGACAUCCUAGGAAAGUUACAGGUGCAAGUUUUGUGGUGUUUAAUGGAGCUUUAAAAACAUCUUCAGGAUUUUUAGCUAAAUCCAAUAUAGUUGAAGAUGGACUCAUGGUACAAAUAACGCCAGAAACGAUGGAAGGCCUACGUCAGGCGUUAAGAGACAAGAAGGACUUUAAAAUAACUUGUGGCAAAACAGAUACAGGAGACAUAAAAGAGUAUGUCGAUAUUUGCUGGGUAGAAAAUGAAGAAAAAACAAAUGAAAGAAUUUUAAGCCCAGUCGAUGGAAAAUCAAUGGAAGGAACUCAGAGUGAAAAAGUACCACAAGGCAGAGACUUCGAAAGAGAGGGAAAAGUUAUGAAGUGUACUGAAGUAUACUAUUUUCUAAAGGAUCAUGAACUACCCAGUCCUGUUCCUCACCAGUUUGCUAAAGAGAUUGCUGUUGCCUGCAGUACUGCUCUCUGUCCACACCUUAACACGUUGAAAAAUAAUGGGAUGAAUAAGAUAGGCUUAAGAGUUUCUAUUGACUCAGAUAUGGUUGAGUACUUAGCUGGAUCUGGAGGCCACCUUCUUCCACAGAACUAUCUGAAUGAAUUGGACAGUGCUCUGAUUCCUGUGAUUCAUGGCGGGAUGUCAGAUCCUACAAGUCUACCAUUGAAAAUGGAAUUAAUAUUUUUCAUUACAGAACAUCUGUUUUGA